GUUUUGUUUUGGUUUGCAUUUCAUUCAUAAGUUUUUCAGUCGUUUUUGUGAACCACUUGUUCACCGCUGAAGACAUGUUUGCCAUCAAAGACACGGAUAAGGAGGACGAGGAUAACGAGUCGACGACCAUAAGCCGGUAUUUCAUCGCCAGUUCGCGCCUGAAGACCGAUAGUACCACCGAUUCAGACAAGACAUCGACAGUUACCACACCCGCAGACACCGCCACCGCAUCCACGUCUACGCCAUCAACGGGUCCGCUGUCGACGCAAUCGAUCGCAUCGACCGCCAAAGAGCUGUCAAACGCUGCGGACAGCGGACCCUCCGGUGAGGAAGUGUCACAAACUCGGAGACCAGUCGUAAACUUCGGGACCAAACUUCUGGUGAACCCGAACCAGAAGGCGAACAAACUGUUGCGACACUUGCGGUCGGCCUACGAGUUCUCGGCCGACAUAUCUCCCGCCCAUUACCUGAUGUCCGACUCGAGUUGCGCCGUCUUCUUGAGUCUCAAAUAUCACGCCAUUUAUGGCAACUAUAUCUACGAUACGCUCAACGCCUUAAGACAUUCAUAUCAACUGCAAGUACUGCUGGUAUUAGUCGAUCACAUCGAGUAUCAGUCGGCGCUCAAAGAGUUGACUCGAGUGUCCGUUCGGACCAAUUGUACGCUUAUGUUGUGCUGGAGUGCCGAAGAGGCGGCCAAUUAUAUCGACAAUUACAGACAUUUCGCUAAUAAGUCGCCCGAUAUUAUAAUGGGAAAGGGAGGCACCGGUGGGUCCGGUGCUGAUACUGAUUACACUCGCGUUGUGGACGCCUUGACGUGCGUGAAGUCCAUCAAUAAAACAGAUGCCGUUUCGCUGAUCAGUACUUUCGAUACGAUCGACAAUAUUGUCCACUCGGAUGACGACCAGUUGAUCAUAUGUCCCGGAAUGGCGGCGCUCAAGGUAUUGUCACUUAACAACGCGUCCAAUUGA